AUCGUCCUGGUGCUGGUGCUGGCGCUGCUUCGUCCCUUUGCUUGCGCUGCUGCUUUUCGUGAGUCGAGCUCGAGGCUGGCGAGAGAGCGAGCGAGCAGGCGACGAGACGAGACGAGACCAGGCGGUGGCGGGAGGAAGGCAGCAAGUUCUCAACCCAGUAAUUGCAGUCUUUGUCGUUGCUUUGCGGAGAGAGAGAGACAGAGAGAGGAGGCGGUCGUUGUCAGAUAAGAGAUAUGUGCGCUCUGCUGCUGUCGAUGAUGGGGACGUGGGUUCGUUUCGCGUGAGAUGAGACCGAGACCGAGACAAGGAGCAGCAGUAGGAGGAGGCAGAAGAGUGCGAGCCGAACGAGACGACGAUCGUUGUUGAGACGAGACGAGCGGACGAGAAGGAUUGCGCUGACGACGAGGACAAAGCUGCCGUUGUUGAUGUUGUUGUCAUCGUCGUCGUUGUUGUCGUUGUCGUUGCGAGGAGGAGGAGGCAAAUGAGUUGUUUGGUGUCGUAGGCAGAGGCAGGAGGGAGAGGGAGAGGGAGGACGAGGAAGAGGAAGAGCUGUUUGUAGUUUUCGGUGAAGCGGACAGGUCGGCUGCUUGCUGCUUGUUACGCGGCAGAGUGGCCACGGAUUGCGGUGGAGCGUUUGCGCACAGGAGAUUGUUGUUGCGUCGGUCGGCAUGCUGGGGCGGGCGCCUCGGUAGCGGUGCACGAAGACAUGUGCUUGCCGUCGACGACAGGCUUGUGCGGUUGUUUUCUGGGGGCGAGGAGCGAAGUUGUCUUCCGGAGGGCCGACUCUCGCUUGCAUGCUGGGGACGAGCAAUUAUUGCCAGGAGGAGGAGUGCGGUUGUAGAUGCCGGCAGGGCGCAAAAGUGUGUCUUUAAUAAUCGAGUGUUGUAGUCGUAGAGGAAGGCCGACGACGCGGGACGACUUUUCGUAGCAUUUUUUGCCGACAACUCGAGAGAGCGCGACUUGCACGAAGUGCACGAGGCUUUUCGCUGGAUUUCGACGAUGCCCACGGCGAGGUUGUAGUCCGCUGACAAUUGGUGGGCGAGGGCUCCUCGGCUCGUCGCUAGCUUUGAUCUACUCUCGGCGUCUGCCUGCUGAGGCGCUGACGACGACGGCACGAAGGAAGGGCUGUUGUUACGUUUGCCGCCCAUCGCCCCUCAGCAUCAUCGUCGUAGCGCCCUUCGGAUCCUUGUUCGGAAGUCCAUCGUCAACGGUGCCACUUACAUUUGUGCAGUCGGAGGCUGUUUGAGGAGCUAGCGGCCGGGGUCACAAACGCAGAUCUUCAUGCCUCUAGAGCCUGCACUGCCUGGAGAUUCCGGUAGGAAUUGCCGCAGAGCACCCUGCAUGGCUUCCGUAGCGUUCACCGAUCACUGCGACCGCCUCCCGGACUCGCUGUUGUUGCUAAUUCUCAACAAAGUGGCCGACAUCAAGGCUCUGGGGCGAUGCUGUGCCGUGUCGAGAAGAUUCUACGCUCUGGCUCCGCUGGUGGACAACGUGGUGGUGAAAGUGGACUGCGUGAUUUCUGGAGAGGAGAACAGCUUGAACGUCAAGGGCAGAGGUAUACUGAGUAUCGUUCGAUUAGUCAUGGGCAGCAUCUUCAAGCCUAUACAGGCUCUGCAGCACCUGCUGGGGCCGAAGAAGGCGAUUCUCACCACCGAAGUAUCUCACCACUCUCCCGGAGAAGUAUUGAAGAACUUCAAAGAAAUUCAAAAUCUCAGAAUAGAAUUGCCAGGCGGCGAGCUUGGCAUCGAAGAGGGCGUUCUGUUGAAGUGGAAGGCAGAGUUCGGAAGCACUUUGGAAAGUUGUGUAAUUCUAGGCGCUGCCUCGUUAGUGAAGGGAACUGAGGUCGAAAAGAAGGGAGGCAAGUCCGAUGGCUCCAAUAAGCCAUGGUGCUCGCAGGUUAGAACAGACGGAAGCAGGACCGGCGAAAGUUUGAUCCCCACGCAGCCAGAUGAUAGCGGGAGUAUCCCCGCAUCCUUUUACACAGAUGGAGGCCUGAAGCUAAGAGUAGUUUGGACCAUCAGCUCUCUGAUCGCCGCUUCAGCUCGACACUAUCUUCUUCAACAAAUCAUUUCCGACCAUCCUACUCUGGAAAGUUUGGUAUUGACGGAUGCCGACGGCCAGGGAAUGCUCUGCAUGAGCAAAGAGCAGCUGCGAGAGUUCCGGGACAAGCCCCUCGCUGCCUCUGCUUCUUCCAAUAGGACUCAAGUUCCCGCAUUGAACAUGAAGCUAUGGUAUGCACCCUACUUAGAACUUCCAGGCGGGACAGGUUUGAAAGGAGCGACUUUGGUAGAUAUUAGGCCUAGCGACCAGCCUGCUCGCAAGGAGUCAGAAGCGUUUGUGGUCGGAGCAUUUGAGGAGCCAUAUCGUACUGCUGCUAGCAUUCUCGCCAAGCAGCGCACAUAUCUCUUGGAAAUGAACUCGUUUUGAGUCUUCUUUUCCGAGUAAAAAACAGGUCCGUGUAAUCAAGCAGGGGGCAUUCGAGGAAGAAAGCUUAGGUCGCCUUUUUCCUCUCUUCUGGGGGCCUAACUUGUGUCCAGCCUUGCUGAUCGUCGUCUCAGCUCUUGGCGGUGAACGGAGGAAUCAGUGAAGUUCUGGUUGGGAAGGGGAUGCUGGUAGAGGACUUGAUACGUAGAGCAGGGCGACGUGAUGCAGGCUGCUCCUUGCGGUAGAAUUAAAGGUGAAAACUGGUGCUAGAAGGCCGUCGAUCCCAUCUCCGAUCAAAGAAGAGAUAGCAAGCUCUUCGGAAAGCAAGUGGACGUCGGUCUUGUUUGGGCGAUUCAUACCAUGAAGGGCUUUGUUGCCGUGGUCACAUAGAUGCGGAGCGGGAUGCUUGAAGUUUCUGUGACAGGCACAUCACACUUUGGAAGACGAGACCUAACUCCCUUCUUGGUUUUCACUAGUUUCCAGACAAAGCCGUCGUAUAUUCACUAAAGUAAGACUUGUAAACAGCAGCGGAAGGUUUUGACAAUGUUCUGGAAAGGCAUUUUUUGGGUCUAGGGUUGGACUUUUACUUUCAAGCUAGUACGAUACACGUAACGGGGAGAAACGCCGGUUAAUCGGAUUGAUUACUUUGUGUCAUGUAGAUGGUGAUCCUCUAUGCCGCCGCAGCUGUUGCUGGUGGGGAGAUCAAAUGUAGCUCAGAUGGGACAAGGCGAUAGUCGUCACUUUUGUUGACAUUGUAAAUGUCUAAGCUUUUGAUCAUCUAAUGUAAAUUACUCUUUGAAUCUUAAUCAAGUCGGAUGAGGUAUUGUG